CCGGAGCCCUUCCUCGCUCCUUCUAGAGCCUUCCGAAUUGGAACCCUCCAGAAUCCCCACUUUUCUUCCCCAAUCCCCGUCCAUAUUUUAUUCUCUGAUUCCUCUCCGCCUCGCGUUUCGGCAGGCAUCCCUCCUAUUAUUGGAAAUUUAGAAUUUUCUCGCGCACUAGAUCCACCCCUCCAUCUCUGUCUAGAGCAUCUUAUUCUUCCCACUUCUUUUCUCUGUAACUCAGCUCAUGGCGAAAUACGGAGAAGGCGACAAGCGCUGGAUUGUUGAAGAGAGAGCCGACGGGGCCAACGUCCAUAACUGGCACUGGGCCGAAACCAACUGUCUCGACUGGUCCCGAAACCUCCUCUCCAAGCUCCUCUCCAACCUCACCAUCCUUGACGGCGAAGGCAACCUCUUCAUUAAGACCAAGAAUGUCGAAAAGGUCGACGGAGAAGCCUACGUCAACAUCCGCAAGGGUAAGAUCAUUCCCGGUUACGAGAUCAGCGUCUCUCUCUCCUGGGAAGGCGAAGCCAAGGAUGCCGACGGUAAGUACCUCCUCAAAGUCGAUGGAAACGUCGAGAUUCCUUACAUUGCCGACGAAAACGCCGAUGAAGAUCCCGAAGUCAAGAUCACUGUUAAAGACGAUGGUCCUAUCGGGAAGAGAUUAAAAGAUGCCUUUGUAUCCAAAGGGAAGUCCAUUAUUUUGGAGAAAGUUAGGGUUUAUGUUCAGAGUAUGGCUAAAGGAGGGCCCGCCAAGGAUGACUUGGAGUUGAAGAAGGCAGCAACAAAAUCUCCGUCCCCUGCUCCGGUAUCCGCACCUACUGCCGCCGCCGCUCCAGCGAAGAAGGGUAAGAACAAGGAAGGGAAGAAGGGGUUCAAGUCCAUUUCUUUAGCCGAGAGGUUUAAUUGUCGGGCGAAGGAUAUGUAUGAGAUCUUGAUGGAUGAAAAUAGGUGGAAAGGUUUUACGCAGAGUAAUGCAAAGAUAAGUAAAGAGGUCGGAGGACAGUUCAGUCUUUUCGAUGGCUCAAUUACCGGGACUAAUCAAGAGUUGCAGGAAGGAAAGCUGAUUGUUCAGAAAUGGAGGUUCGGGAGCUGGGCGGACGGGAUUUUUUCGACGGUGCGGCUUACUUUUGACGAGCCUGAAACCGGUGUUACCAUUGUUAAGCUAACCCAGACGGACGUACCGGAGGAGGACAGAUAUGGCAAUGCUACUGUUGUUGAGAACACCGAGAGAGGCUGGCGGGAGCUCAUCUUCUACAAGAUACGAGCAGUUUUUGGUUUCGGACUUUGAAAUUUUAUCACACAAAUAGUCUGUUUCAGUAGAAAAUUUCUCAACCAUUUAUAUUGUUACAAGCCUAUCCAUGAUUUUAUCAUAAAGGCUAUAUGGGUAGCAUAUGGGUAGUGGAGUCAUUGAUUUGGUGGUUCAUGUUGGUUGAGAGUUUCAAUGCUUCACGAGUCUUUUUUUUUUCCUGUAAUCCAAUUUACAGUAGGAACAAAAAUAUAUGCAAGUGGAGUCCACAUAGUUGGUGUUUUCGCAUUGAAA